UUCUUAUUGAUAUGGGAUUGUCCCAAGUCCAAAGUCUAAACAGCUUAGCUCAGUGGUCUCUCUCUCUCUCUCUCUCUCUCUAUAUAUAUAUAUAUAAACUUGGCUAUUGUAUAUAUAUACUCUUCUUUUUUCCUAUUGUUAAAUCAAAUAUUACCUGUUUUCUUGCCAAAAGACUUUCCAAGUAAACCCCAUUUAAGACGCUUCUCUAUCAAUUUCAAUUUCAAUAUAAAUCAUUCAGCAGCAACCCACACUGAUUGUCGUUCAUUUUUGCCUUGCUUCAUGGGUUUGUCUUGUGUAAAUGUUUGCACUAAACUUCCAAAGCUUACUACAUUAACCUCUCAAAACCUUUUGCUAGGCCUUGUAAAAGACAUUCUCAUAUUGCUACUCUCGUACCUGCCUCAGCUUUGGAAAUUCUUAUCCUUUAGACAUCGAAAUCAUGAUGAUUAUCAGCCCGAGGAUCGGCCAUCUCCUUCGUUGGUCUCUGUCCCUUUCCACCUCAUAGAUGAAUCAAUCAAGAAGCAACUUCCAAUAACAGAAUAUGGUGACUUGCUCAAAAGAAGAGGAGCUUGUGGUGCUGACGACUUGGUCUGUGUUGUGUGCUUGAAUAACAUGGAGGCAAGUGAUGGGGUUAGAGAGCUUUGCAAUUGUUCUCAUGUGUUCCACAAGGAGUGCCUAGAUGUUUGGAUUGGUCAGGGCCAGGUAACAUGUCCUUUGUGUAGAUCCAAGCUAUCACCUAGCCAAAGAGAGGAGCCAGGGUUGGGAGGGGAUCCAUGGAGAUUGGAGAGGUUGAGUUACUUGUUUGGUGAGGAUUAUGAUAUGGUUACUUUUUGAUUUUGAUGUCUAAACUACCAAGCAAUAAUAUGUUAUAUGCAGUAGUUGAAACUUGAAAGUCUUGUCAUAGAAGAUUAUCAAGGUACUUUAAGGCCAUUUCCUAAACAUCCCUACUUCUUGUGGGGUAUUGUUCUUUCCUUUUAGGCUGGAUAAAGUUCUGGAUCUAUCAAGUAUAUGAAUGUUGAAUUGUAAAGUUUUUUGUUUUUUA